AUUGUAACUUUCAGCAGCGACUCUACCCUGGGCCCUGGCGAUACUUGAGGACAUUGCGGGCAAAGUCCAUGCAGCCAGGACGACCUUUUGGCACCAUGUCAAUUAAACUAAGUAUCCGGAGACCAGGUUUAACCUCUGCAGGCCCGUCAGUUGACCAAUUAUAUGUAACAUCCGAGAGCUGGAGCAUCCUUCGAAAGUCCAGGUACAGGAAUAAGACAUGUGGCGCCCAAAGUUUUCGUCGCUCUUCCUCAAAUCUGUGCCAACCACAGAAAGUUUCUUGCGGCGCGCGUUAACAAGUAUCGCCUAUGAAGAUCGAGGGCGAACGCGAGUUUCUCAGGAACCGCGCGCGUAUAAGUAUCCUAGCGCCUCGAGAACCAUCUCAGCCAUGUCCAGCUCCGCGAGAUGGCCACUGGCCAACUGAUGCUUCAUUGGUCAGGUCAGCCAGUGGUCAGCCACACUGAUUCUUAACAUGACCCUGAGUGUUCAGUUCACGUCUUCACUGGAUUUAACGAGCCCCUCACUGCUCAAACUCCCGGUUCUACAGUGCAUUGAACUGCUUCCCCGCUUUACUAGGCAAUGGCAUAUCUAGCAGUGGAGAUACAAGAGCGUAUCCUGGACCACUGUGCCGUCUCUAAAGCAAACAACUCCAUCAUGUACUCAUGUACACUCGUUUGUCGUGCCUGGGUCCCACGUGCACAAUAUCACCUCUUCUCUUCUGUCUUCCUCAACCGUACUAAUAUCCGGCUCUUUAUAUCAGCUAUUGAAAGGAAGCCCUAUCUAGCAUGUGCUACUAAAUCUCUUCACAUUGACCCAGGUACAGAUGUUUGCUCAAUCCUCGUACCGUUGGUUGGGAGACUUGGGACCCUGGAAGAGUUGACUAUCUGUCCAAGUCUGGAGAAGACGAACCCUGCUUUAUACAUGGUGGCAGCACAGUUCACGUCGAUCAGGAAACUGACUAUCGUCAUCCACGACAAGAUCGCUUCCAGGCGUAAUUUGAUUAGGCUCAUAUGUUGCUUCCCUUUUCUCGAAGACCUCUCGAUUCAUUUUCCCACUGGCGGUGUCCUCACGGAUAAUCCGUGCUCUUUUCCCAAACUUUACUACAAAAGUAUCAUUCAUCUUCGAAUGUUCUUCUCGCGCUGUGCGAGUUUUUUCCAGGCAUUGCAGAUCUUCGAUAGGAUGACGGGGUGUCCAUCCACGAUGAUUGGAUUUAGAGAGCUCAAAAUGGUGUUCUCCUCAGUUGAAGACGUAUCCCAUCAUUCAAAAGAGACAGCCCACUUGUUGAGUCGCGCUGGGUACCCUCUCUUGGAAGUAUACUUGUCCUUCAGGCGCGAAUACUUGAUAUACUACACUGGAAUACACUAAUACUGAAUCACAACACCAGUCUUCGACGUUCACGCAUAGAAUUUUCAAUGUAACCCCUAAGUUCAGUAUUCAACUCGAACAACCCGGGCCAUAUGGCGCAGGGCCACACUUCAUUUUUAUCUAUGUUACGAGCCACUGCCGGGAAUCGGAGGUGAAGAUUGGCUAGAUCAUUUGAUGGAGGGACUAACAAGGAGGGCCUGACGGAGAGGGACCAGGAGAGACCGACGAAGAGGAACUAAUAGAGUUAUAUAGUAGAGGCUGUUCAUGUGUCCAUAUAUACACAUAUGUACCAUACAUACAUAGUGGUUCACAGAGGCCGCACACCUGCCAGGAGGACUAAGUAACGCAU